AUGACAACUACAGCUGAGUUAAUUGACUUGUCAAGACUUGAACUUAUCCCAUAUCAAUCUCCUAUCAGUCCUAAGCAUUUUGGUAGAUUAGCAUUCAACUUUCUAUUCGUUGCCUUCAUCAUCAUGUCUUGGUUCACUAUUUAUCUUGUCAACAAACAAAAGGAAUAGAGAAGCUUAGUGAAGGAACUAUUAGCAGCUGUCGCAAGCUCAGCUUUCGCAGGCUUUGGUUUAAUCUUCUUGGUGAUGUGGACAGGAAUAUAUCUAUGA